ACCCAAGGCGUUGCCACGUGUACGAUGCGGCUGGCUUCUCUCUCUAACCGUCUCCACUGUGUUCUGUGUUCGUGAGAGGGUGAAGAAGAAGAAGAAGAAUUGAAUAGCCUGGAGAUAGAGCGUGAAAAUUAUGGCUUCUCUUCUGUUCCGUCCCCUGUUCACUUCAUCAGUUGUGGUGAAAUUGAAGGCCUCAUCCUCUCCCUCUGCUCGUUGUCUUCCUUGCAAGACACAAUGCCUCCUCCUCGAUCACCACCAAUGUCAUAAGAGGUGCCUCUCUGCAAUCCCCAGGACUCUCCCCUCAUUGUGGCUGGCUGAGAGGAAGGAGGAUGGAAGCAGUAGCAGGAGGAGAAGAGGAGGAGGAGCUGCAGCAAUGCGUUGGAGGUGUUCCAUCGCGUACCUUCCACCAGAGACCGUUCAGUGGGUCUGCUCUAUUUCCGUCGCGGUUCUGAUGCUUGCAAGAGGCACUGCAAUUCAAAAACAGUUCUUGGUGCCGCUCUUUGCUCUCCAAGCUCCACAAAGUGUUGUUGCAUGGGCCAGGGGUGAAUAUGGUGUCUGGAGUGCGUUCUUAGCUCUUUUAGUGAGACUCUUCUAUUUUAUUCCAGGUGAACUUGAGCUGCCUUUCAUAGCAUUGUUGCUACUGAUUGUUGCUCCUUACCAAGCAUCAAAUCUGAGAGGGACUCAAGCUGGAGCCAUUGUCAGCUGGGUGAUUGCUGCAUACAUUGCCUACCAACAUUUCUCAAGAAUAGGUAGCCUUCAGAAAGCUUUCGAUCAAGUAUCCAUAAUUGCAACCUUAGCAGUUCUAGCUGUUGUAAGCAUGUUGUGUAUUUCUCUGUUAUAAGUCUCACUGGUAUAGUCUAGCAUGUUUCUGUCUGGAAGCUAGAAAGCGAACCAGAGUUUGUGUAUGAAUGGCAACGUUUGGUAGCUUGCCGUUGUUUUCUUCUCUAUGAACUGCAAAUAUUACCUGAAAGAUACUGUACUUCAUACAGUUAUGUACAUAAGUUACAGGCCAAAGACAGAUUGGCGCAUAAGAGGAUCUCUACCCUUCACAUCUGCA